GCGGACGCCGGACGCGCGAGCCAGAAAAAGUCGGUUGGGUCGUAAAACAACCCCAGGCCGAUGGUGGCGGCCCGCGGCGGGCGGACUACAACAAUGGCGCAAACGCUCCGAAACCAAAUCUGAAAUCGCCGAGAAUCUAAGAUAGACAUAAACGCGUAAUACGCAGGUAUCAAGUGAUAUCCAGUCCACGCCAGGCAAAGGAACACUACAAGCGUAAGAAAGAACAGACUGCGACGGCUCCAGACAUAUUAAUGCGGUUAUCGGUCAUAAAAUACGCAUCGCGUCGCCAGUUUACUUUUGCUUCCGAAAGUUCGCGCUGAGCGUGUUUGGAGCCGCUGCGAGCGCGCGACGCGCGUGUGUAUCGCACAUAUUACAAGGGGUUAUAAGCGGCAGCGAGUAGUCGCAAUCACACACGUACACUGUACAGUCAGCAUAGCAGCAGCGCGAGCCGCGAGCAGUGACUUGGAGACUCGGAGGAGGUGCGCGCGCGAGAGCUACAAGAGCCGCCAGUGAGAGCCAUGACCUCGCCGUCCAAGAAGGUGAAGAAGCUCGAGGAGUCGAGCGACGGUGACGGUGCCGCCGACGGCCGGGACUACGACGUCGAGAUCCAGAAGGCCCUCGAGGAGAUCGACGGCUGCCAGAACCAGAUAGACGGUCUCAACGAGAAGGCCAGCGACGAGAUACUCGAGGUCGAGAAGAAGUACAACAAGCUGCGCAAGCCCUACUUCCAGAAGCGCAACGACAUCAUCAAGAGGAUACCCAACUUCUGGGUGACGGCCUUUGUCAACAAUAAAAAAAUAGCUGAUAUUCUGGAGGAAGAAGAGGAAGAUGCCUUGCGUUAUCUGAAUAAACUCGAAGUAGAAGAGUUUGAGGAUAUCAAAUCUGGCUACAGAAUCAAAUUUUAUUUCGAUGAAAAUCCAUACUUUGAGAACGAUGUGCUUGUCAAGGAAUUCCACCUUGGUUCGUCUGGUGACCCGGCAUCCCAGAGCACGAAUAUCAUCUGGAAGGAUGGUGCUGAUUUAUCGAAACGAGGAAAGGCUAAGGCCGACAUAAAAGGAAGGAAAAGGCCUUUGGGACAUCGAUCAUUCUUUGAUUGGUUCACGGAUCAUGGAGAUCCAAGCUCAGAUGAAAUUGCUGAACUAAUAAAAGAUGACCUCUGGCCAAAUCCUCUACAGUAUUACUUGGCACCGGAUAUGGAAAUUGAGAAUGGUAUUGAAGGUGAUGGCGAUGAAGUAGACAGUGAAGAGGAAGAAGAAGAGGAUGAAGAUGGUGUCGAUGAAGAUGGAGAUGAAAUAGGCGAAGGUGAAGAAGGUGAUGAUAGUGUAGAAAUCAUGGAAGAUGCGGGGGAGGAAGAAGAAGAUGAUGAAGAUGCUGCUAAUGAAAACGAUGGUGUGCAUGAUGAAGAAGAUUUUUUGGUAGAAGAUGAAGGUGAACGAGAGGAACGAGAAGGUGAACCUUUAGAUGGAGAAGAACCUGAAUAAGAAAUUUCUUCUAUAAUUUUAUCGAUUGGCGUGGAAUCAUAAAAGGACAAUCGUUGAACAGAAAUUUCUUAAAUGAAAUUCAAAUUGUGAAAAAUUGCCUGGAGCUUCCAUCACUGUAUUAACGAUUAAUGUUAGUUUAGUUAUAAGUGCUCAUAGCUCUCAGGCAGACGCAAUUUAUGAGUAUCAGAUCCAUCAGCUGUCGAUUAUCCUAAAAAAAAAUGUUAGAUCAUCGCGAUAGGCAGCGCCUCUUUACAAGAUGCAACGCUGGUCGGUUAAAAAAGAAACUAAACUAACAAAAAUUCUUACAUUAAUUUUUAACAUUAAGAUAGGUUUAAGAGCGCCGAGCUUCCAAGAAGAAGUUCUACAUUGUCGUUUUUUGUAUUCCUUUAUUUGUAAGUCGAUAUUGUAAAUAGUGACAACGCACGAUUUGACAUUUUUGUCGAGAUCCUUCGCCCCUCUUGAAUCCCGCAUCACUCGAAAGAUUUUCUACACCUGAUCAAUUUCUCCUUAAAACAAAUUCUACAAUCCGAACCAUUAAAUGUACGUUUUAUCUUUCUACUUUUUAAUCGACUGCUAAGGGCCUCUUACAUUCUAUCCCGUUUACAACUGGUCUUUGUAAAAUUAAUUGAUUCAUGAUAUAAUAUUGACAAAAAGUCCAAGUAAUGAAUUAUUUACUUCAAAGUGGUCUUAAAUCGCUUAGUAAAUUAUUUUGCGACUCUGAAGUCGCGAUUUUAUAUAUUUUAAAAUUCGAAUGGUCGAUGUUUUUUAAAACGCGUUUUAAAAAAAUGUAAGAAAACUGUCAUUUUCACAAAUAAAUUGUCAUUUUCAAAU